UCCCCUUUUCCAUCAGUCCCUUCCCCUCGGUGCUCCCUCCGAUUCUUCAAAAUAUCAAAACCCCAAGCCGUCUCUCUUCCCGCGCCGGAAGGCUCGCGAGCGGCGGACGUUCGCCGGAAGAUCGAGUCGCGCCGGAACAUGGACGACGAACUCGGUGGCCGGAGCCGCGCAGGCAGGCGAGGAAGGAUUAGGAGCAGGACCGUUCUUGGCUCCCCGGUGCGGGCGCUCGGCCAAAGCCUAGCUCGGUUCGCGCCGGAAAUCACUUGACCUGCCGUGGCGUGCCGAGCAAAUGCCGGCCGUCUCUUCCAGGUAAGGCCUGGCGAACGAAUGCUACUCUCUCGAUGGGAAGUCUUGCUAAUUGAUAGGCACAUGUUAGAAACCUGUUUAGGAUAUCAUCUCAUGAUGUCUUUACUCUAGCAAUGACUUUGGUUGAUUGGUGUGCUGAGGCCGAUGUUGCCAAUACCUGUGCGAUUGUAAGAAUGUGAAGGAUGACAUGCUAUAAUUUCACGCUUUAUAUUCUAAGAGACGGCAUUGACAUUUCUUAUCCUGGCUUUUCUAGUUACGGCCAUCAUCAAAAUGGCAUUGUUACUUUUUUUUUCGGUUUGAUAAUAAGGAGAGUACUCGACUUAUGAAGCACCUGAAGGUGCCCAUGUAGGAUCGUUUACAAGAGAAAGUGUCCACAAGUUAUUGGACAUCGAUCGCAUUUGGUUUGGAUUCAGCCUGAUAAUUAAUCCUAGAAACCAAGACAGUGAUGCUUGACAAGGAAGAUGUUGACAAGUGAUGUCAGGGCACUCCUUAAGCUGAAACUGAUGUAUCUAGAAAUUUUAAAAUGGUGAUUAUUGUACCUUACUAGAUGUAAAACUACAACUCUGCACUCAUUUUGUGAUGUAUCGAAAACACAAGAUUCAUAUUCCAGGAAUGAUCAGUUAAAAGUGUAGUAAGGCCAUUGGCACCCAAUAAUGAGAUCCUAUCAUCCCAUCGAAAAUAUUCCUCUCCUCUCCAUAAAUGAAGUUUUCUGUUUCUCUCCCUUCACACUAGCUACAGAGUUGGAAGAGGAAUGAAUUGUAGGGUUUGUAGAUCUGAAGGAUGUUAUUUUCCCUUUUAUUUUACAAGAAGCUUCUUUGGCAAUUUUCACUGAAGUCUCGAAAAAAAAAAAAAAAAAAAACGAAAAAAGACCAUAUGGCAGUAUCACAAACAGUGGAAUAAGAAGUGGUUUAUGUACUUUUUCCUUUCUUUGCAAAGGUGACAUCUGUUUUCCAAGAAUUUCUUCCUCAAGGUACAUGUUCAAAAGCCUUCAAAACAGGGAAAAGAUUUUGCUUGAGACCAAGACUUCUAGAUCAUCUUCCUAAGAUUUUGCUUGAGACAAAGACUUCCAGAUUAUUUGCUUGAGACCAACAGCUUAAAGGGUCUUACAAGCAAUAGCCCAUUCGUAGUUUCUUCUUCUUGGAAUGGCUGCCUUCUCUAGUUAUGCAAAUGGCCAGUAAUCGUUCUGGCACCCAGUCUCUGAAGUUCCUUAGAAAAUCUGUCAUUCAUACUCUUCUGUUGUCAAUUUUCAAAAAGUUGAAGCAUGCUGUUGUUUAAUUAUCUCCAGCAGUGGAGAACAAGUCUAGAUACUGGCUUUGCAAGGAUGAUGAGUUACACCGGCAAUUUUUCAAGAAGAAAUCGACUUACAGAGCCAAUGACAAAAUUAGUUGAUUAAAGAAAUGUUGUCACUGUUGACUAAUAUAUUUUGACAAGUUCCCCAAACCAUGAGAGUCUGGCCCAACUUUUGAAGUCGAACUAGAUUUUCAGUAGAAAAUUUUUGGUACAAUACAACUUUCUGAACUUAAUUAUUUUCGACCAUAGGCCUACACAGACAGUCACUUCCCACGAAAGGCUAUAUCAAAAUAUGCCCAAAUUUCUUGCUGAUUGUUAAUUUGAUCCUUUUCCAUCCCAGACUUGCCAGACUAUACUUGAAACCUUGCAAAUGGCUCUUGAUUGAAAUCCAUGUGAUCCCCUCGCCUUUUGUUAUUAGUAAGGUAAAAAGAAAAGGUGAUAUAAAAGAGGAGGUAAGCUUGACAGUGUGCUUGGGACAAGAGCAGUCCUUCCUCCUUUUGAUAGGCAAGAUUUGUACUCCUCCAUUAAUAUUUCUCUGAUAGGAUCCCAUACUUACCAAAACUGCCUGUAAAUAAAGGAGAAUACAGUGGGAUUGAUAAGGAGACGUGAAGUACUUCUCAUCCUAGAAUUAUUCAGGAUCCAAACCAUUGAUAAUCAACAUCUUCUUGACGAUUUUAUAUCUUGAAUAAAAUGGCAUAACAAGUGAUGACAUAGGCAGAAAUCCCUGGAUCAAGGAAAUAAGCAAUUGGAGAUUUUGCUAGUGAUAACCGAAGAAAUUGGCUAAACAUUCAUAAAUCCUGUGCAUUAUGAAAGAGCCAAUUGUCAUGAUCUUGGACUUUUUGUCUAAAACAAACAUACAUCUGAAACUAAGAAGUCUCAGAGAAAGGAGGAGAAAAGGUUCACUCAGGCACCCUUUUCUUGCGACUUCUUGGCUUUAGGUGAAUUUUUUCCUCACGUGUGAACUCUUUGUUUUGAAGAUCCUAUCCCAUGGCCGUAUUAACCCAAAGAAGAAGCAAGAAGUAGAGUCUUAUCUCCCUAAGUGGAAUUGCAUAUGUCAAGUCAUGCCACUGCUUCCUGCUGUUGUCCUUUUACAAAGCCUUUUGUUAGAUUUAAGUACUAUUUAUGUUUCUUCAUCGUCUCCUUCCAUGUCAUUCCGUACUCUUUUCAUCCAAGACAAAAGAAAGAAACACUUUCACUGAGCAAGAGGAGUGAAAAUAUUUGAACAUCAAUAGCUUUCUGUUAAAUAUAGUAGUUUGCUAGACCAAAGCACUUAGUCAUAUCUCAUAAAGAUGAUUUUUAUGAAAAUACAAAUUUGGAAUUUGAAGAAGGGGAAGGAGGAGUCGUGACCCACUACAGAGAAAGGGAGACUUAUUCAAUCAUUGUUUCCCCCAUUUUCCGCAUAGAUGAAUAAAGCACACUUAUCUUAAAAAAUGAGCAUUUUCAGUAAGAUCUAUAAUAGGAAUACGUUAUGCUUAGCCAGACAUAUAAGGUGCUAUCCUAGGAUUCUAUUUUCUAGUACCAUGACCGCAAUGAACUCCCGCUUGUUUCUGCUGUAUUUACCCCUGUGCAACUGAGGCUCCCCUAAGGCCAAUGCUCCCCUUCCAAUGCAAUUUUGCAUCUUAUAGCUUCGAAAGAUCACUUAACCCCUUUCAUCUUCGAGGCUUCUCAUUCAAGCAUCCAAAGGAUAUCUUCUUACGUGUCCAAACCGAUUCAAAUAAGUUUCAUCCUGCCUAUCCUCAUCUGGGGCCAAACCCACUUUCUCUGUAUUAGAUUCAUUCCUAUUCUCAUCUUCUCAGAGGGGCCAAGACAUUCUACUAAGCAUUUUUAUCUCUAGUACACCUAUUUUGAGAUUUCUUGGUGUUUUUGAGAGGUAAAUAUAUUGAAGAGCACUGGGGAGUGCAUCUAAUAUGUAACCUAGAAGUUAGAGAAGAUUGCAACAAAGAUCUAAGGAGUUACUGCUAGAAUGCAGAAAGAAAGUUGGUAGCCAACUAGCUUCAUAUGACUAUUAUCAUUUUUUAUAGCUCUCCAUUUCUUUUGUUUCAAAUAAUAAUUCAAAAAAUUGGGAGUGAGGACUAAAAAGACAAGCUUUUCUAUCUUGACAAUGGUUUCAACCUAGCCAAGGCAAGAGUUCCUCUGAAAACUCUGCUAUAGCCCAACAAAUGUGCAAGUCACAAACAAGAAAGGCAUCAAAAGUAGUUAGACAUUAUAAGGCGCUCCUCCUAGAUGAUUAAAAUUGGAAGAUUAACAUGGGCUUGUGGGGUCACAAGUUGUUGAAUUAACCAUGAAUUGAAAAGAAUAAGCAUCCAUUACCAUUACGGGGCAAAAGAUGCUCAAAUACACAUAAGAGAAGGUGCAUAAAACUGUGCCACAUGUCCUACCAUGCAUACUUGAGUGCGACAGCAUUUUGCUAGCCUUAUUAUUGUCUCUUGUAGAGUUUUUUCUAAGACUUGUGUUUUGUUUGGGAGUUAGGAGAAGAGAGGAAACAUGGGGUGGGAGAAGAAAAAUGAAUUUCCCUUCAAUUCACUCUCACAUAAAAUUCAACACUUUCAAAAUUUUCCACACCCAACUCUCAUUUUAAUCCCCUCCAUUCUCUCCCCAAAAAAAGAAGCCUUAAAUGAUGGUGGCUACUCAAAGCACCACAUGCGCUUCUCUACUUCAUCUUUCCCAUUUGUAAACUAUGGAUGAUGUUUUUGUUGAUUUUUGUAUCCAUCUCUGGAAUAGAUCCAAGAUAUCGGAUAUGUUCACUCUUUUGGAAUAGUUGAUCUUGCAUUCUCACCAUUGUGUUAUAUGAACAUCUAAUUUGUGGUCUCCCUGUUACAUUUACUCUAGGCAGUCCGACUUAAAGGGAAACCGUUCGAUAGAGAAGAAAAUCACACAAAAGGAGAGAAAAGAAUCAAUUGGCCAAUGACCGUGCUUGUUUGCUAUAUUUUCUCAUUGACAUAUGUGUAUGCACUAAAGUGCUAGAGUUUUAUGCACCUUCUUUAUUUGUUCCUUCAUGCAUGUUUGACCGGGGCCUGAUGUUUGCCAUAUUUUCUCUUUGACGUAUGUGCUUGCAUUACAAUGCUAGAAUUUUAUGCACCUUCUUUAAAUGUUCGUUUGUUCUUGUUUGCCAGUAAUAGAUAUUUUAUCUUUUCAAUUAAUGAGUGUAAUAUAACCUCCUCCAUCCAUUCAAUACCCUGGUUUCACAGAAGCUUAUGUUAAUCUUUUAGUGUCAAUCGUUAUAACGGGAGUGUCGUGUGAUGUUUAAAUACUGGGAACACUAUUCUCAUGCGUGGAAUGGCAUUUUUAUGUCCCCAUCAUGGAAUUGUUUAAGAAUAUUGACAUGCCUGAGAUUAAAACAUAAGUUCUGUUGGUUGUGUUUGAUAUCAUAUUGAUUUCUGUGUUUUCUUUGCCAACUUUCCAAAGGCCUUAAAGGGGUAAAUGGAGUCUGUUUUACCAAUAAGCGUUUUGAGUUCCUUAUAAUAUACUUUAUUUGUUUAUUUAUUUAAGGGGUGGGAAGAUUGUACUUGAAUUUGCUGGGAUAUCCUCCUCUUUCUAACAAUUGCAUGUCAUUGAAUUCGUUUGUCGACUAGUGUUGUAAAUGUAAUGCCACGGAUGCGGAAAUAUAAUGAAUGCACUAAAGUUCGGUUGACCUUUGCCAGCUGAAAUCACUCUUGGUUAUGGUUAUGCUUAUGUUAAACUCGGCAAAGAAUUAAUUACUAGCACAAUCUCCUACGAUGUUUCUAUGGGUCUGCAUUGAUUUCUCCACACCCGUGAUAUGGCUAUUUAAGACUCUGUCUUUCAGCACUAUACAAUGUGUCUUACUGGUUUAGAGAGGUAUCUCACAAUUUCUCUUCAUCUUCUUGAGAUUCACGGGAGUGUUCUUCCAACAAUGGAGGCACAAGCUAAUUGUCCUAGGGGACUAAGGGUUGGGAAUCUGCUUCCCAUUAUGCCUGACCCAACUCAGAGAGCCUUUGAGUUCCCAAAUAACAUCCAGACCACAUACAGCCCAAACCGCUUCAUUUUGCCGCAGUACUCCUUUUAUAAUCCUGUUGCUUUUGGAUCUUCCUUAUCACCAAAUGUUGAAUCAAAUGCUCUUAUUCUGGUAAACAAUCAGGUUCAUGCUUCUUACUUGAUCUCUGAUUCUUCUAGAGUUUUUGAGCCGUCUUUCUCCAUGGUUGACGUAUCUGGUCUUAUUAGCCUAUUAGGAGACAUGACUAACCUGCAAUAUUGUUUUGAGCCAUUUAAUGGUUCCAUUUAUCGGAUCAACCGUCACCCCUAUGGUGACAGAAAUGGUCUAACUUCAUUUUUGGAAAAUGCUGGUCCUCACUGUGCUUUGGUAAUUGAGCCAUUCCGUGUUGGGAUCUUGCCAUCUUCACUCUAUGCUCCUGAAUUCAUCCCCAUGAGGUCUCAGCAGGUUCCACUGGAUACUGAAGUUGCCACUCAGGUUCUCGGAUUCCGUGGUACUGCUGGAUUUAUGUCAAACAAUUCCUGGCUGAGGAACUCACAAGAGGAUUUGCUAAGGAUGAGAGGCAGCACACCCCAAUCUAAUUUCCCCCGCAAUUAUGUGUGUACUCUGUGUAACAUGUCUUUUCCUACUGGUUAUGCAUUGGGAGGCCAUAUGAGCGGCCAUGCAAGGAAAAGAAAACUUGAGGCACUCCUCAAUGCCACCGAGAACCUUCAGCCAGGUGCUGGUGGGUCGUCUCCUGAAGCUGCUACAAGCCAGGGGUUUGAAAAUGCUUCUGUUGUCAAAGUGGAAUUCCCUUAAUGACUCUGAGGAUGGAAAAUGAACCAAGUAGUAAUGUGUCGAAAUGGCAAAGAAAACUGUCUUGUCAGUUUUAGGGUCAAUUUUGCUUUGCUUUAGUAGUUUUAAUCAUUGUCGUAAUCUCUGGUCUUUUUGUCAAUGUUUGAGAAUUUUAUCUACUCCGUGGUGUUUAAUGAGUCCCUAGUUUGAGCAUCAUGACUCUACAGUUGUCAUUUGAUGUGAUAGUUAGGUUAUGUUUAGUCUGUCAUGAGUCCUAGUAUGUCUGUCAUGACUCUGGUCUGUACUGAUCAUUUGCUGAGAGUCGUGUUUCACAAAGAAGUUUUAUUUCUGAUAUGGGUAAAUUUGCAUCUUGAGUCGACUGCAGUUUUCUGUCUUAUUACAGUUUCAUUUGUGUACUUCUUAUGUUGUUUAUGACAAACCCUAAGGCUUGUUUCUCCUUUGGAAAUUCUAUAAAUCAUCAUUAUCAUCUUA